CUAAAAGUCAAGAUAAUAUCUUAUAUAUAUAUAUUUUUUUUAUCAUUAUGACACUUAUAUAAUCUCAUCUUGAUCAAACAAGUACACAUCAUUUAUAUCCAUAAUGUGGAUCGUCUUCUCGGCUCUCCUACUGUUCUUCACCAUCACCACAAGCUUCUUCUCAACUCUAACAGCAUCCACUUCACCAGCUCUCCAUCCAGAUGAGUGCGCUUGGAAAGAUAGCUACUACACUUGGAAUAAAGAGAUUGAAGCUAAGUGAUGGAGAUCCUUGCCUUUUGAAAACUCUAAAAAUUGGUGGUGUUUGGAAUUCGGAGGUAGCCAACACCAUUGCUUGUGAUUGUAGCUUCGACAACAACACGACAUGUCAUAUAAUCGAACUAAAUCUCAAGUCCACAAGUCUUUCAGGGAAACUUCCGCCUGAGUUGGCCAAACUUCAGUAUAUCCAGAAGAUAAGCCUUUGCCGAAACUACCUCUCAGGCUCAAUCCCAAUGGAGUGGGCUUCAUUGCCAUACCUCUCUUACAUCUCGCUCUGCGCGAAUCGUUUGUCCGGGCCUUUACCAACCGGUUUGCGAAACUUCAAGAAUCUGACAUUCCUAAGCGUUGAAGCAAACCAGUUCUCUGGUCCCAUUCCUGAUGAGCUCGGUGACUUGACCAACCUUAAAGUAUUGGAACUUGCGUCCAAUCAAUUGACAGGAAACCUUCCAAUCACUCUCGCUAAAUUGGUAAACCUUGAGAAAUUUAGGAUAUGUGACAAUAACUUCACUGGCACUAUCCCAGAAUAUAUUGGCAACUGGUCUCGGCUUCAAAGGCUAGAUCUCUACGCGAGUGGACUGAAAGGACCUAUUCCUGACGCUGUGGCCCGCUUAGGAAACCUUACUGAACUGAGUAUUAGUGAUACGACUGGGAUACACUCCUUUCCUAAUAUAUCUAGCAAAGUCAUCAAAAACCUGAUUCUGAGGAAUGUGAGUAUGUCUGGUCCAAUUCCUUCAUACAUUUGGAGUAAGCCGGAUUUGAGAACUCUCUAUUUGACUGGCAAUAUGCUUUCCGGAAACAUCAAAUCUGUGAUCUCUCUUAUAACAAUUUCUCAUGGCCGUCUACCUGCCAGGAAAGGAGAAACGAGCUUUUUCCAUGUGCCGUUCCAACCAAAUGCAGGAACUCGAUCACUACAUAUCAACUGUGGUGGAGAAGAUGUAACUUUUACAAACUCCUCCGGUAAAAUCACUUAUCAAGCUGAUAACAGUGAAAUCAAAGCCGCUACAAAUCAGCACACGAAAAACUGGGGAAUAAGCAACACUGGUGACUUUGGGGAUGAUGGCAUUGAUGAUGACAUAUACAUCAUUUCAACUAAAUCAACACUGUUGGGAGAUUCUCCUAAUCUCUAUAAGACUGCACGACGAUCUGCUCUAUCUCUUGUUUAUUAUGCAUUUUGCUUGGAAAAUGGAGCCUACAAUGUGAGCCUCCAUUUUAUGGAAAUUCAGUUUUCAGACAGUCGUCUAGGGAGGCGCAUAUUUGAUGUCUAUGUUCAGGGAAAGUUGUUCUUGAGGGAUUUUAACAUCAAAGAGGAGGGUAAUGGGACUCUGAAGCCCGUUGUGAAAGAAGUGAAAGCUGUUAAUGUGACUGAUCAUAUGUUAGAGAUUCGGUUGUAUUGGGCGGGUAAAGGAACAGCACUCGUUCCUAAAAGAGGAAAUUAUGGUCCUCUUAUCUCCGCAAUCUCCUUGUGUCAUAGCCUGGAGCAACAUUGUGGAGCGGAGAAAAUAGAACAUCACACUAAUUAUCCCCUACUUUUGGGGGUAACGGGUGCCUUGUUAGCAAUUGUUCUCUUUGCUUUGGGAUUAUAUGCUCGGAGAAGAUGGAGAGGUGACAAGAACACGAGAGAAAGAGGAAAGAGCUCCAUAAAGCUAGACUGGUCAGCGAGACAGAAAAUCUGUGUAGGAAUCGCAAGAGGGCUUGAAUUCCUCCACGAAGGAUCGGGGAUCCGAAUGGUUCACCGUGACAUUAAAACCUCUAACGUACUUCUGGACGCCAACCUUAAUGCAAAGAUAUCUGACUUUGGUUUGGCUAGGCUCCACGAAGAAGAACACACUCACAUUAGCACCAAAAUUGCAGGAACUAUCGGAUAUAUGGCUCCGGAAUAUGCGUUCUUGGGUCGCUUGACAGAGAAAGCAGACGUGUACAGCUUCGGGGUUGUGGCAAUGGAAAUUGUUAGCGGGAAGAGUAAUAUGGCACAGAACGGAAGGAAUGAGAACGUCUCGCUUAUCAAUUGGGCGUUGAAACUGGAACAGAAAGGGGACGUAAUGGAGAUCGUAGAUCCGAUGCUCAAAGGUGAAUUCAACAGCAAAGAAGUAGUGAGGAUGAUCAGAGUUGCUCUCGUUUGCACAAAUGCAUCGCCUUCGUUAAGGCCAUUGAUGUCUGAGGCAGUGAAAAUGCUCGAGGGAGAGAUGGAAAUAACACAGAUUAUGUCAGGUCCUGCCGUAUAUGGACAUGAUUUGAACUUCUCAAAGCUGAUGGAGAUGCAAGAGUCAACCUCAAUGUCUGGUUAUGAUCUGUACCCACUUCACUCAAAAUCUGCCACCUUAAACUCCACAGCAGAGUCAUUUGUAUUGAUAUUUCUCUCUCCGGUGACUGCGCUUGAGGAGAUAGCUACUACACUUGGAAUAAAGAAACUGAACCUAAGUUAUGAAGACCCAUGCCGUUUCGAAACUUUAAUGAUUACACAACAAGUUGGUUUUGUUUGGAAUCCGGAGGUGAACAACACCAUUUCUUGUGAUUGUACCUUCAACAACAGCACGACAUGUCAUAUUACAGAAUUAAUUCUCGGGAAUUUUUCUCUUAUGGGGAAAUUGCCACCUGAGUUGGCCAAGCUUCGAUAUCUCCGGUCAAUCGACUUAUCCUCAAACUACCUUUCGGGCACGAUUCCAGUGGAGUGGGCUUCAAUGCCAUAUCUCACUUCCAUCUUUCUCUCCGCAAAUCGUUUGUCUGGGGAUUUACCAACUUGGUUGCAAAACAUCAAGAAUCUGAAACUCCUAGGGAUUGAAGGCAACCAGUUCUCUGGUAAGAUUCCUGAUGAGCUUGGUAACUUGACCAACCUAACAAAAUUGCAUCUUGCAUCCAAUCAAUUUACUGGAAGCUUGCCUAUCACUCUUGCUAAACUAGUAAACCUUGAGCAAUUUUGGAUUUCUGACAAUAACUUUAGUGGAAUCAUACCAGCAUUUAUUGGCAACUGGUCUCGAAUGAAAAGGAUAUAUCUACACGCGAGUGGACUGAAAGGACCUAUUCCUGAUGCAGUGACCCGCCUAGAAUACCUUACUGAUCUGAGAAUUAGUGAUACGACUGGGAUAAACUCAUUUCCAAUUCUAUCCAGCAAAGCCAUCGAAACCCUGAUUUUGAGAAACUUGAGUUUGUCUGGUCCAAUCCCUUCUUACAUUUGGAAUUUGCCAAACCUAAAGAGACUAGAUUUAUCGUUUAACAAGUUGACUGGUGAAGUUGAAGGAGUACAAAAUGUACCAACAUACACCUAUCUGAGUGGCAACAUGCUUUCUGGAAACGUUGAAUCUGCAUUUUUCGUCAACGGAAACCCUAAUAUUGAUCUAUCCUAUAACAAUUUUUCUUGGACAUCGAGUUGUCAUGAAAAGAGUAACAUUAACACAUACCGGAGCUCAUAUUUAAAGAAUAAUUUAACUGGGCUUUUUCCAUGCAAUGAUCAGCGAUUCCUACAUAUAAAUUGUGGUGGAGGAAAUGUACAUAUUACAAACUCCUCCGGUAAAGUCACUUAUCAAGCUGAUGACAGUAAAACCAUGGCCGCAACGAAUCAGCACAUGGAAAACUGGGGAAUAAGUAACACUGGUGACUUUACCGAAGAUAUAAGUGAUGAUGACAGCUACAUCAUUACAACUGGUUUAAGACUAUCUCGAGAUUCUUCUGGUCUGUAUAAGACCGCACGUCGAUCUGCUCUGUCUCUAACUUAUUAUGCGUUUUGCUUGGAAAAUGGAACCUACAAUGUGAGAUUCCAUUUUAUGGAGAUCCAGUUUUCAGACCAAGAACUAUACAGUCGUCUCGGCAGACGCAUAUUUGACGUUUAUGUUCAGGGAAAAUUGUUCUUGAAGGAUUUUAACAUCAAAGAAGAGGCUAAUGGGACUCUGAAGCCUGUUAUCAAAACAUUGAAUGCGAAUGUGAGCGAUCAUAUCUUAGAGAUUCGGUUAUAUUGGGCGGGUAAAGGGACAACACUCAUUCCAAACAGAGGAAACUAUGGUCCUCUCAUCUCUGCAAUCUCCUUGUGUCACAGUCUCGAGCCACAAUGUGGAGCGGAGAAAAUAAAACGUCACAUGAAUUAUCCACUAAUUUUGGGGGCAAUGGUUGCCUUGGUAACAAUUAUACUGUUGGCUUUGGGAAUAUAUGUUUGGAGAAGAUGCAGAGGAGACAAUAACACAAGAGAACGAGAUCUUAGAGCUCAGGGUCUGCAAACAGUUUGCUUUACUUGGAAGCAACUGCAAACUGCAACAAACAAUUUUAAUCAAGCUAACAAACUUGGAGAAGGAGGUUUCGGAUCCGUAUUCAAAGGAGAGCUGUCGGAUGGAACGAUCAUAGCAGUGAAGCAGCUUGCAUCCAAGUCAUGCCAAGGAAACAGAGAGUUUGUGAAUGAGAUAGGAAUGAUCUCUGGUCUGAACCAUCCAAACCUCGUCAAGCUUUAUGGAUGCUGUGUCGAGAAGAAUCAGUUGCUGCUCGUCUAUGAGUACAUGGAAAACAACUCUCUUGCUCUUGUGAUGUCUGGAAAGAGCUCCCUGAAACUGGAUUGGGGAGCCAGACAAAAAAUCUGUGUAGGAAUCGCGAGAGGGCUUGAAUUCCUCCAUGAAGGAUCGAUGAUCAGGAUGGUUCACCGUGACAUAAAAACCAGUAACGUGCUCCUAGACGCUGAUCUAAAUGCAAAGAUAUCCGACUUUGGGUUGGCUAGGCUACAUCAUGAAGAACACACUCACAUUAGCACUAAAGUUGCAGGAACCAUCGGAUAUAUGGCUCCGGAAUAUAUACUAUGGGGUCAAUUAACAGAGAAAGCAGAUGUGUACAGCUUCGGGGUUGUGGCAAUGGAAAUUGUUAGUGGGAAGAGUAAUACUAAACACAAUGGAACUGAUGAUCACGUCUCGCUUAUCAAUUGGGCACUGACGCUGCAGCAGAAAGGGGACACAUUAGAGAUUGUAGAUCCAAUGCUGGAAGGUGUUUUCAAUAGCAAAGAAGCCGUGAGGAUGAUCAACGUUGCUCUUGUUUGCACAAACUCAUCGCCUUCGUUGAGGCCAACAAUGUCAGAGGCCGUGCAAAUGCUCGAGGGAGUGAUCGAGAUAACACAGGUUAUGCCAGAUCCUGGUAUAUACGGAGACGACUGGAACAUCUCAAACCUGAGGGACAGUGAUACAAAUGGUAGCUCGAGCAUGUCUGGUGUGACCGAUCAAACAACAGCAACAACAAUGAAAUCCUCUGUUUCUGGUAGUGAUCUCUACCCAUUAUACCCUGAAUCUGUGAUCCUAGACUCCACAGUAGAGCACCCUAAUGACACUUAUUCAUCUCUUCUUGAUGGUAAUAUUUGUGAAUAUAUAACCAAAAAAGUACACAUACAAAAAGAUCACUUGAUCGAUGAUGUGGAUCGUCUUCUCGGCUCUCUUACUCAUCCACUUCACCAGCUCUCCAUCCAGACGAAUGCGCUUGGAAAGAUAGCUACUACACUUGGAAUAAAGAGAUUGGACCUAAGUGCUGGAGAUCCUUGCCUUUUGAAAACUCUAAGAAUUGGUGGUGUCUGGAAUCCGGAUGUGAACAACACCAUUGCUUGUGAUUGUACCUUCAACAACAACACGACAUGUCAUAUUACAGAAUUAAUUCUCAAGUCCACAAGCCUUUCAGGGAAACUUCCGCCUGAGCUGGCCAAGCUUCAGCAUAUCCAGAAGAUAGUCUUGUGCCGAAACUACCUGUCAGGCUCAAUCCCAAUGGAGUGGGCUUUAUUGCCAAACCUCACUUUCAUCUCACUCUGCGCUAAUAAUUUGUCUGGGCCUUUACCACCUGGUUUGCAAAACUUCAAGAGUCUGACAUUCAUAUCCGUUGAAGCGAACCAGUUCUCUGGCACCAUUCCAGAUGAGCUUGGUAACCUGACUAGCCUGACCAUACUGUUUCUUGCAUCCAAUCAAUUUACAGGAAGCCUUCCUACCACUCUCGCUAGGCUGGUGAACCUUGAGAAAUUUAAGAUAAGUGACAAUAACUUCACUGGCACCAUCCCAGAAUAUAUUGGCAACUGGUCUCGGCUUCAAAGGCUACACCUAUCCGCAAGUGGACUGAAAGGACCUAUUCCUGAUGCAGUGGCCGGCCUAGAAAAUCUUAUUGAACUGAGUAUUAGUGAUACGAUUGGGAUAGACUCUUUUCCUAAUAUAUCUAGCAAAGCCAUCAAAAACCUGAUUCUGAGGAAUGUGAGUAUGUCUGGUCCAAUUCCUUCAUACAUUUGGAGUAAGCCGAACUUGAGAACUCUUGAUUUAUCGUUUAACAAAUUGACUGGUGAAGUUCUUGGAAUAAAAUUAGCACCAAAAUACACCUAUUUGACUGGCAAUAUGCUUUCCGGAAACAUCAAAUCUGGUGUUUUCCUCAACAGAAAAUCAAAUAUUGAUCUCUCUUAUAACAAUUUCUCAUGGUCGCCUAACUGCCAGGAAAGGAGCAACAUUAAUACAUACCGGAGCUCAUAUUUGAAUAACAAUUUAAACGAGCUAUUUCCAUGUUCUCGAUCACUACAUAUCAAUUGUGGUGGAAAAAAUGUAACUAUUACAAACUCCUCGGGUAAAAUCACUUACCAAGCUGAUAACAGUGAAAUCAAAGCCGCUACAAACCAGCACACGAAGAACUGGGGAAUAAGCAACACUGGUGACUUUGGGGAUGAUGGAAUCGAUGAGGACACAUACAUCAUUUCAACUAGUUUAACACCAUUGGGAGAUUAUCCUGAUCUCUAUAAGACUGCACGUCGAUCUGCUCUCUCUCUUGUUUAUUAUGCAUUUUGCUUGGAAAAUGGAGCAUACAAUGUGAAACUCCAUUUUAUGGAGAUCCAGUUUUCUGACGAAGAACCAUACAGUCGUCUGGGUAGGCGCAUAUUUGAUGUCUAUGUUCAGGGAAAGUUGUUCUUGAGGGAUUUGAACAUCAAAGAGGAGGCUAAUGGGACUUUGAAGCCCGUUGUCAAAACAGUGAAUGUGAAUGUGACCGAUCAUAUGCUAGAGAUUCGGUUGUAUUGGGCGGGUAAAGGAACAACACUCAUUCCUGAAAGAGGAAACUAUGGUCCUCUUAUCUCUGCAAUCUCCUUGUGUCACACGGAGAAAACAAAACAUCACACUAAGUAUCCACUAAUUUUCGGGGUAACAGGAGCCUUGGUUGCACUUACUCUGUUGGCUUUGGGAUUAUAUGCUCAGAAACGAUGCAGAGGUGACAAAAACACGAGAGAGAGAGAUUUGAGAGCUGAAGGUCUGCAAACGGUUUGCUUUACUUGGAGGCAACUGCAAGCUGCAACAAACAAUUUUGAUGAAGCCAACAAACUUGGAGAAGGAGGUUUCGGAUCUGUAUUCAAAGGAGAGUUAUCGGAUGGAACAAUCAUAGCAGUGAAGCAGCUUUCUGCCAAGUCAUGUCAAGGAAACAGAGAGUUUGUGAAUGAGAUAGGAAUGAUCUCUGGUCUGAAUCAUCCAAACCUCGUCAAGCUUUAUGGAUGCUGUGUCGAGAGGAAUCAGCUGUUGCUCGUCUAUGAGUACAUGGAAAAUAACUCCCUUGCACUUGUGCUGUCUGAAAAGAGCUCCAUGAAACUAGACUGGGUAGCGAGACAGAAAAUCUGUGUAGGAAUCGCAAGAGGGCUUGAAUUCCUCCAUGAAGGAUCGACGAUGAGGAUGGUUCACCGUGACAUAAAAACCCCUAAUGUGCUUCUAGAUGCUGACCUUAAUGCAAAGAUAUCUGACUUUGGUUUGGCUAGGCUCCACGAAGAAGAUCACACCCACAUUAGCACCAGAGUUGCAGGAACCAUCGGAUAUAUGGCUCCAGAAUAUGCGUUAUUAGGUCACUUGACAGAGAAAGCAGACGUGUACAGCUUCGGGGUUGUGGCAAUGGAGAUUGUUAGCGGGAAGAGUAAUAUGACUCAGAAUGGAAGUCAUGCCAACGUGUCGCUUAUCAAUUGGGCGUUGAAACUGGAACAGAAAGGGGACGUAAUGGAGAUCGUAGAUCCGAUGCUCAAAGGUGAAUUCAACAGCAAAGAAGCAGUGAGGAUGAUCAGAGUUGCUCUCGUUUGCACAAAUGCAUCUCCUUUGUUAAGGCCAUUGAUGUCAGAGGCCGUGCAGAUGCUUGAGGGAGAGAUGGAAAUAACACAGAUUAUGUCAGGUCCUACCGUAUAUGGACAUGAUUUGAACUUCUCAAAGCUGAUGGAGACGCAAGAGUCAACCUCAAUGUCUGGUUAUGAUCUGCAUUCAGAAUCCUCCACCUUAAACUCCACAGCAGAGUUUUCUUCCUCGUCACUGUAAUAGGAAAAGUUGUGCAUGUUGCCUUUUAGCCAUAUCACCAAAAUUGUUUUUUAAAACCUUACAUUUGCUAUGAAUGUUUGUGGAGUAGUAUCUUUCCAUGAAAGUUUUUAGUGUUUGUAGUAUCGUUCCAUGAGAGUUUCUAGUAUUUUUCUGAAUCAUCUGUAUCUAUAAUUUUCUAUCUGAUUCCUGAAUCAUUUAAAAUCUUAAACUGAUAAUUUUUCUAUAUAUACUCGAUUUAUUUGUGCAGUAUAAGCGCUUGAGGAGAUAGCUACUACUUUU